UCUCUAUUUUAACUGCAGUAAGCAAACAGAGGCUUCUACAAAUGCUGUACAUUACAUCUGUCUGUAAGACAGAAACUCCUAUCUGACCAAAAAACAGGAAGUAGACAUGCUCUUUUUUCAAACAACCAUCCAUUCACAUGCAGCCUAAAGGCAUACACAGGAAACCAGUUGACACUUCAGACGAGACAACAGGUGGCAGCUACUUCGGUUUAAUCAUGAAGAUCGCAUCUUUUAACAUCAGACGUCUGGGCCCAAGCAAGCUGUCAGACAACAACAUUGUAAAAUACCUCAUAAAGAUCUUCUCCCGCUACAGUAUAAUCAUUAUCCUGGAGGUGGUGGACAAGUCGGGCAAGGCCAUAGCCAAAUUUCUGCAGGAGCUGAACAGCACAAGAGCUAAUAAGAAACGCCCCUUUACAAUGAUGGGGAGCGCCAGACUUGGCCGAAGUCUUUAUAAGGAACAGUUUGUCUGUUUCUACAGAGAAAAUGAGGCUAAACUGGUUGACACUUACCAAUAUGAAGACAAUCAAGAGGGUGACGAGGACGCUUUCUCUCGAGAGCCGUUCAUUCUGCGUUUCAGCUGCAAACACACAGUGCUGAAAGAUUUGGUGUUGAUCCCCGUUCACACGAAGCCCAAAGACUCACAGAAGGAACUGGAUGAACUCUAUGACGUGUUUCUGCAUGUCAAGGAAAAAUGGAAGACCGAUAACGUCAUGAUCCUUGGGGACUUCAAUGCAGAUGGUGCCUACGUUUCCAAGAAGAAGAUGAAAACCAUCAGAAUUCGCAGCGAUCCUGAUUUCCACUGGCUCAUUGGGGACGAUGUGGAUACCACCGCAAGCCUCUCCAAUGACCACACCUAUGACAGGAUUGUGGUGUACAAAGAAGACAUGUUACGCGCAGUUGUGCCAAGAUCUGCAAAACCCUUUAACUUCCAAAAAGCCUUCAAGCUUUCUGAGGAAAUGGCUCUGGAGAUCAGUGAUCAUUAUCCAGUGCAGGUGAGUCUGAGGAAGAGUCCUGCACCAAAGACUAGUGGGAAAACCAAAGCACAAAAACGCAAAGCAUGAUGACGCUGAACGACGCUGGAAUGAACGAUAACCAAAGAUGCUCUUCGUUAGGAAAAUCAGGGCUCGUUACAUCAAAGCCAGCUAUAUUUUCAUGUUAACUAGACUUAUAAUACAUUUGUAAUAAAGAUGGAAAGCCUGGUACCUCUUUUCAAUUUAAUUUAAGUUUUAUCGUGUUUGUCUUUUUAUUCCAGUCUAAGCUUUAGAUUUUCAGCAAUUCUACUCGGUAGCUUUCCUGAUUUUAUGUUAAUUGGCACUGCGAGUUUAAUGAAUCGCACCAAACAACUGAGUUAUAUCAGUUUGAAUCGGUUUGAUGAAUCCUUCACUCUUACAUAGAAAGACUUUCCCCCCACAAAAACAUCCCAAAGACUUUCAAUGGGGUUAUGGACUCUCUAAUUAGGAAAUUAUUCCUCAUGCUCUCUGAAUCCCUCUGUAAAGG